CGAGAAACGUGGAAGGAGGAAAGCCCCCCAGCGUUGGGAAACGGGAGGGCGAAUGUGAGGAAGGAAGCGAGGCGAUAUUGAGGAAUAGAGAGGGUGAAUCGGGGAGGGAGAUGCGUGACGUGGGGUGUCUAGAAUGGAAGGAAAAGAGAAGCGGAAAAGGAAGAAAGAUAGUCGCUGGCAAGGCUGUGUCAAGAAAGAGGGAUGGCUGAGAAAAGUAGGGGGGUUGCUUCGUGGCAACGGACGAGAGAGGGAUAGUGAGUACAGUGCUUGGCACGCGAGAAAGGGAAAGGUAUACAAACGGUGGAGACGGAGAGGUCUCUGUGGAGGAAGCGAAGAAUAAAGGCGAGUGACGGGAAUCGGAACGAGACGGGCAGCCCAAAUUCUGAACAAGAGCGAGAUGGAUGGCACGCGAGGAGGGGGAACUAUCUGGGAGGGAGUGAGAUGCGCCGGGGUGAAACCGGGAGGGUGCAACUGGUGAAAGUGGAAGGAGUGGAACGCGAACGGCUGGAGGAAGAGGGAGAGAGGCACGCGACGACAUCUCACCUGUUUAUCAACCCGCCAGUCUGGUUUACGCGCCCGGUCAUCCGCCGACUCUACAAGUGGCUAUUUCGCUUGGACUCUCGAACGCGAGCCCGGUUCGCCUCACUCUCCGUCGCGAUUUAUUUCGAGGACGCCGGGUGUAUUUGUACAUCGCGAAAAUAACGUGCGGUGACAUUCGCAGGACGAUAACACGUCGUGUCGCGAUUUGCUUGGACGGAUCUUGCCUCUCGAUCGCUCCUUCUCGCCAUCAUCGUCGAACGUCUGCGUGACGAUGAUUGCCUCGAGUCAACGGCGCGAGCCGAAAUGUCGGGGCUGUGUAAUAUCUUAAGUACUCGACGAAGUACGAUGACUCCUGCGGCGAGUGGAAAUCUCUCGGGAGAAUUGCGAAAAGGGUCUGGAGUCACAAAUGGCCGUAGCCGAGAAUCGAUAUUGCGACGUGACGAAGUACCGUAAAAGUUGCCGAAGUCGGAAGACCUUCCUUCGCGAUGAGUCAGCCGGUGAACGGUAUCUAGUCGAUUUUCCGCGAGAUCGAUGCCAGUAGAUUUUGAGGUGCAUCGACGCAAUUCGGUCCCUAAGAGCGAGCCAGGAAAGAAUUUGAGGAGGAGCCGGCGAUGACACAUUCGGUCGUUUGAAAAAUCAAUAUCAGCGUUCACGCAGAAAACGACGAAAGGGCCACUGCAUCAACGAUCAAAAUGAGUUUCUUCAGCUCUCUGCAGGAAUACGUAACGAACAGCGUGGCUGGUUUUAGCCUGAGUCCAAAAAGGUUCUCCUUCAGUCGUGAUGACUCGAAGGGUGAUGCCAGCGGGACCGGGAGAAGUGGUUCUACCGGAAGCGUCACCUCGACGACCAACACCAGCACGGCUGCUGCUCAGCAAGCUACGCCACAUGGUUUCCCCAAGGUCGUGCCACCGCCAGGCACCGUCACGUCGUCGCACACGCGCUCUCUUUCAGCACGUAGACGCACUCUCGAGUGCACUCCAGCUUCGGGAUUGACGGUACAUCCUGCGACAGGAAGUGGUGCCACAUCACCGAGGCGAGUCGGCUCCUUUCGACGGAGCUGCGGAUCCAGCGAUCGACCGCCUCUUAUGUUCUGCCGUCGUAGACCAUCCUGGCCGGAGGUCGACAUACAGGCCACUUCCGGUGUUCAAGAAACAGAUGGCUCCUUCUUCGAAAGUUUCACCGCGUUAUCUUGGAAACAGGAGAAUCGGAGACUUGUUGUCCUUCAGGAAGUGGAAGCAAGAGCGAAGGAACCGCCACCGCCGUCCAGAGAUUCGAGUUCGACUUCGCAGCCGUAUCGGCUUAGCAAAAAAGAGAUGGAGCAAUUGUACAUAGAAGUUCUUUACACGAUUGCGAACACUGUGGGCGCCAGUACAGGACAAUACGCACAUUACAAGGAGGACCUGUAUCGAUACGCCCAAGAAGCCUUUGGAGUCCCACAGGACCAACAUCGGCGAUAUCUCAAUAUUGCCUCGGAAGAAAAGCCACCUAUUGUCGUGCUAAGCGUGGUGGUGAUCGAAGCCGACGGACUCGAGGCAAAGGACGUCAAUGGAUUCAGCGAUCCUUACUGCAUGCUGGGUAUACAACCUGGCAACGCAGGUGCACCAUUAAGCCCGCAAACGAAUUUAACGGCACAUUCGCCUCACACACCCCCAGCAUCCCCGAGGCAAGCAAUUCGCGCUCUUUCUGAUGGCGGCGAGAUCGAGAACUCCCACCAUGAGAAACUUCGAAAGCACCACAGUUUCAGGCUUUCGUUUAAGCGCAAGGAGCACAGUAGCAGGCGGGAACACCGCGAGUCCUUGAGCGGUGCUCUACCCGCCAAGUUUAUACGAGCUACCUCGGUGAAGCCGCACACGUUGAGCCCGCGUUGGAAUGAGAAGUUCCGUUUCGACAUUGAUGAUAUCAGCACGGACAUUCUCCAUUUGGACAUAUGGGACCACGAUGACGAGUCCUCGGUGUUCGACGCGGUUAUCAAACUCAAUGAAGUACGAGGUGUAAAAGGGCUUGGGCGAUUUUUCAAACAAAUCGCGCAAAGUGCUAGAUCUGGUAGUCAGGAUGACUUCUUAGGUUGUGUAAACAUCCCUCUGGUGGAUAUUCCGAGCACCGGAGUGGAUCAAUGGUACAAACUUGAGGCGCGGACACAAAGGAGUAAUAUCCAAGGUAGAAUCAGACUGAAAUUAUGGCUGUCGACAAGAGAGGACCGCGGAACAUCCGAGGAGGAUAAUUGGGGCGAGCUGAGGCAACAGGAAAGGCUGUACACAAUAUUCCUUAAUCAUGAAAUGAACAAACAAGGGGAAGACUUCAUUGGGGAACUGCCGCAAACUGCGCUGACAAUCUUACAUCAACACGCGGUGCAAGGUGAUGUCACCGAGUUGCAGCAGGCUUUAAUAAGGUGGGUGGCGAGUUCCCGGCAGUCCGCCGUCGAUCCACGAAUGCUCCAUCGUCUUCUGCAGGAACUUGACAAUCGAUGGCACACUGAAACUCUGUCGCGCGACGCAGAGCAGUGUCUAGCGGAUUCCUUCAAUGACUUCUUGGAGGUAUCUUUGAAAAAAGUUAGGCAGCAUCGUAUACUGUAUCCGCCUUUGUACCGGCCGACUAUAUCGAAGCUGGAUUAUCUGCUGAGAUGUUUGGGACUUCUCUCAAACAUGAAGGCUUUCCGAACAUGUUGUCCCUUUAAUAAGGAAAUUCGUGGUGAAAUUAUUACCGCUCUCAGAAAAGGGACUCUAGAAUGGUACGAGGACACCAGACAACAGACAAUGUGCCACGAUCAAGAACCUGAUCAGGACAUCGAUCGUGUUUUACAAGAUUUCACAAACUUAGUAACCGCAUUACUAGUCGAUCUGGAACAAGGGCUUUUAUAUUACAAUAGUCUCUUUGAAAGCACGAAUGGUGUGCCAUAUUUCUCAGCGGUUUACAAGCAACUGGAAAAACUGCUGGCGGAACACGUGGCGAAACACAUGGAGAACACUUCCGAGAUGCAUAACGAGCUUGGUGCUAGAGUCACCACCGCCUGUCUGCAAUUGCACGGUCAAAACAGAGAUGAAGAAUAUGUCCUACCACCCGGUGCUGAGAUAGGAACGCCGAUAUUCGAACUGUACCUGGCACUCCAAGACUUUGUAAAUAUGAAGGACAAUUUGCCACAAUCGGACCAUAAAACUCUAGCGAUCUGCAAGUAUUACGAGUGGUUUAGACCAGCUAUCGACAAAUGGCUGGAUCUGGCGAAACUCAAGGCAAUUCAAAGAGUGCGAAGAGCCGCGGAACUCGAUCGGGUCUGCACCGGGGAAUAUUUCGUCAAACACUGCACAUCGGCAAUCGACGCCACUGCGUGCUUUUAUCAGAUUAAAGAAUUCUGGAAGAAACUAGCGUGGCCGGACCUAGUUGGAUCUUAUAAUUUCGUAUUGAAAGUCAUCGAUGCGAUAUGCAGCUCCGCGGCUUACUACGCAGAGAUAACACAUCAGAAACUGGCGGAUAGCGGAUAUUAUGAAGAGCACACACCAUAUAAGACCACAGAUGAGGUAAUCGCUCAGAUGUGCGUAGCAGUCAAUGGUCUCGAGUAUGUGAGAAGGUGGUUAGUGGACCUGGGCGAGGAACUGCGCGUGGAACAGAUUCUGACAGCUUUGGAGAAUCAAGCGGGCGAAUCCGUUCGAAUACAAUGGCGAAAUACUAUGAUCACACCGUUGGAACAAACUCCUGGACAAAUGUUGCUCUUCAUAAAUCAAAUAAUCUCGAGAAUCGGAGCUAAGAUGAGACCACCUCUGAAAAAGGCAAUGUUUCACUUGGCUUGGUCUCCCGACAGUUUACCGACUACAGAGGCAAUCGCUCCUCUUGUAGAAUACCUGGACGUUCAUCUAGCAGCACUGAACUCUGCUCUGCUAGCCGCAAAUUUCAAUCGCGUUCUGCAGGACAUUUGGGAGGUGGUCCUUAGUGAAUUAGCCAGCCAAAUGGAUGGUAAUGCCGAGGAUAAACCAGUGAUGUUUUACGAGAGAUUGCACGAAGCGCUUGACUUAUUAGUGAGAUUUUUCAACGCUGAUGAUAAGGGCUUGCCUCUAGAAAUAUUACGUCGUCAGAGUUUCAUGAACGCAGAAGAGCGCCUCCAGUAUCAUAAAAUGGAUACGACCUUCUUGAUCGACCGAUAUUAUCAGCAACGUCUUCUGGACCAACUUAGCACAACUAGCUAUGAAUAUGGUGUUCUAACGAUACGAUCUUAUUGGAAUCACGAUUCUCUUUGCGUCGAGGUGAUUAAUGCCAGAGAUGUCAUACCGUUAGACCCUAAUGGAUUUAGCGAUCCCUUCGUAAUAAUCGAAUUAUUGCCACGACGAAUGUUUGAGCAUUGCGCUGAGCAACAAACUAAUGUCAAAAAGAGAACACUAAAUCCCAUGUUUGACGAGUGUUUUGAAUUUUCGGUGAGCGUGGAGCAGUGCCGUGACCCUAAUGCGAUGGUCCUUUUUACGGUAAUGGAUCACGAUGUUCUCACGGCGAACGAUUUCGCAGGCGAGGCUUUUCUGGGGCUCAGCACUAUUCCUGGCGUCGCCGACACGAACACCAGUAUAGACAAUUUCCACGGCCUCAAACAUCAGGAACUACCGCUUAUGCACCAAAAAAAUCGGCAUCAUCCGAUUCUUCAAAUACUGGAAACUCGAAUCGGCGACAAAAUGGCUCUUGACUUUGUGAAGAAGCAAAGACAGCGAUUCGCCACGACAUAAGCGUAUUACGUGUUGAGAAAAAAGAAGAAGAAGAAGAAAUUUGUGGUGAUUGUACCUCAAUCGCUAUCAAGACUUGUACACUAAUCUUAAGAGUCAAUGAAAAAAAAAACGAAGGAGGAAAAGGAAGAGGAGAAAGUCCAUCCCUGCGAUAUAUCGUCGAUUCUCACUUUCUCUCUCUCAAGCACUCUACCUUUCUGCCUAUCUUUCUACCAGCCUUCAUCCCAAAGAUUCGUCAGAUCUAUUUCAGUGUAAAUCGUGUUGAAUAUAAUUGGUGUUGGGUCAGAAAAAAAGAGAAAAGGAGAAAAAAACGGAAAGGCGUGGUGAAAGAGGAUUGAGAGAAAUAUACACACCAAAACUAUUUUUGUGUCGAAGAAAAGAUGUGUAGAGCAGAACGAUGCAGCAUGCAGGAAACAGUAAACGUCGGUGUGACGUAGCUAAGGAUAAAUGUUUAAAAGCCGUCAAGUCCGAAGCGACGCUGGAGCGACCGUAAAGUUCUUUUAUCUUGCAUCUUUUAUACAGGGAGGUCGAAAUAUUUCCUUGCGCAUAUGAGUUUAAGAAUCUUCUUAGGGGAAAAACACGAGUGUUCACGUUUACGGAUAAACUGAAAAGACGAGACUUCCCUUCGCGGUCGUGCGAUCUGGUUUUCGUCUGUCGGGUAUCAAUUGUGAAUAAAAAUCGGGGUUUCCAUGACGAGGAUAAAUAUAUGCGACACAUGAUGACUUUCUUUAAAUCGACUUAUUUUCACAGCUUCCACAAAAGAGGAAGUCAUCGAGGCCACUCGUGGAAACUUUCGCCUCGAUUGCGCAGAAUUGAUUCACGACAAAAUUGGGAGGAAAAUACAAUUCUUUUUACUAUCUUCUUAAAUUACCUAUUUUAGUAAAAAUCAUGUACAAUGGUUAAGGUAUGCAAAUUUCUUUUUUCUUCGAGCGAUGCAACGCACAACGAAUUAUAACAUUAGAACUGACUUAAAUAUUAAUUAUGCUAAUCAGUUAUCGAAAAUAAAAUAUCAUUAAUGUAUCCAUAAAAUCAAAAGCACAUCAAGCAUUAAUACGGUUCUUUUAACCGUAUAUUUCUCAAUCAAACUAAAAUCAAAUUGUUCUAAUAUACUUUUAAUAAUAAUAUUAAAUAAAAUACUUUUCCUCCCCGAAGAGCAGCCGCGCCGCUUCAGCGUCGCUUCGACGGCGCGAAUCAAACCGAGAAGGUCGAUAUACGAUAUUUUUCUUACUCGUCAUUGGCUAAAGCCUCUUUCUAUCUUUUCACCAUCUAAUCUCCCGAAUGACUAAAUUAUGAACUCAGCUUUUCUUGCUGGACCGCUAAUGCGACAAAAAAAAACAAAGGCGCUUCUGUGAAAACGCUCUACUCGGUGAUUUCUUCAGUUUUCGAAGAAAAGAAUAAAAUCAGAGAGCAUGUGAGAAGCAUUAAUUUGACUUUCAGGCAUAACUAUUAUUAAAAAUUGAAUGUACGUUUCGCUUGAAAAACAUUCUCUGUGUACUUCGCCCUCAGUAUUAGAUUUUUCUAUUAAAUUUAAUUUGCUAGUACACGAAAUGCGAUUCUAUGUAGUCUUUCUAACGAUGCGACGCCGACGAAUCCUUCGUGAUUAACAUUGAGGCAUAUGUUAAAGUAUUCGUAACAAUUGGAUAAAAAAUCGAAUGCUAUUUAAAAGCAAAAUUAACAUUAAUACUUCGAAGUGUAAUUGUUUGUCAACUUGUUCGAUAAGUCAAAUUUUUAUCUCAUUCAGAGAGCAGAACAAAUUGUAUAAGAACAAAUGCGCUCACUUUUCCAAACGUGUCAAGAAAAAUAAUAUGUAUUUGAGUUUCUAGUAAUUUGCAGGAAUAAUUUAGAAUACAUAAGCAGCUAAUGCGUGUCAAUUUAAACACAGUCGCGGGUUUAUAAUUAUUGGCGUGGCCAACAAAAUUGGAACACAGACAAAGUAAACAUGUAGAAACUAAGGACGUAAGAAGGGACAGAGAAAAGAGAAAGAAUUCAUUCAAACGCACAUAUGUCAAUUUUUCUAAUGCACGUAUCACUUAGUUACGUAAUUAUACAAAAAAAAAUGCGAUAAUUAUACGAACGAGCGCUCCGCGUAUUACACUAUAAUAUUUUGCACGCCUUAUAAUAAAAGUAUAAUAAAAGAGGACUGACAAAAGAAUACGAUUACGAAGAGCAAGAUUCGUCUGUUUGAUUCUCAAUAUAUUUCGUGCAUCGAGUCCAAUCAAACUCUACUAUUUGCUUUUCCAACUUUUUUCAACCACCCAAAAGGUAUGUACGAUCUAUCUUGUAUCGUGAGACAAAUAAAUUAAUAUAAAUGU